GUUUGAUCUUCUUGGAGGCAAAAGCGGUGUGACGUUCGCCAGUGAUCUGCACGUUACCGGUGAAGUUAUCCUUACCAUGGCGGCAAGAAUGGAACCAUUAUCAGCUUUUAUAACAAUGGAUAUUCAAAAUGUUGAAAGCAACAUCACUUACGUGCCAUCGGGGGAACGACGGUUUGACAAUGAUGAUUACAUCUUGAUUGGCCCAGAGCGGAUAAUCGUCAGAAAUAAUCGUAUACCAACAUAUUUUGUUCAACCGAAUUCCAAUGAUGCUUUCAUCAUAGACCAAUUCCUGAACAGCAGACCUUCAAUCCUCGACCACUUGACAAAUGAAAUCACAGCAGCAUUAAUGCACAAUAUUGUGGAUAAUUUCAGACAGUUUGCCAACAAAAUACCUGUGAAAAAUUACUAUGAGUAUUUUUGAAUAAUAAUUUGUAAUGUAAAUGCCAAUAAAAAAUAAAUUUG